AUGACAGACAAGGUCAAGGACGCGACAGGCACCGACACGGUCCCCUCUGACUCUAACCCAUCGUCCCGAGUUGGGCAGGGGCAGACCCAGACGGGAAGAAGCAGCAGCGCGGUUACGCCUUCCCCAGCUGCAACCAUCCGUCCUGCUGCUAGAGUCCAGCCGCCCUCGCCCUUGGGCAUUACCGGCAUGCCUCCCCACACCUUCUCUGCCACAACACCCCAAAGAUCGUUAGGCCGUGGGCGCCCGAGACCACCUACAAACUUUGGCAUUGGUGACAACAGUACACCGCAGACUCCACUCUCACCUCCUCAAGAACCUGGCGUGCCAAUCCCACGUCGCCAUCGCGACUCGAGCGUCUCAUCUGUGACCGACGACGAGGAUCACGCAACGCCACGUAACACCAGUUACUUUCCCCACAUGCCAGAGUCGCGCCGCGUGAGCGAAGUGCGUGGGCUGCCUUCGGGUGCUCAGUCACCUUUUCCCCCGACAACUGGCUCGGGCCGUCCCGGCCGUCUCAGGCUUACGGCGACUGCACCCGCAUCGGCUGCUCCCUCGCGUUCCGCGUCGCGCGUCCGCCUCCCCCAACUCAAGGAUAAUGAUGAUCAGGAUGACGAGCUCACCGUCACUGACCGCGGUGAGGAGCUCAUCCGCCGUCGUCAGAAGGAGCGCAAGCGUGCCAAGCGCGAGCGAGAGCGUCUCCUCGCCGCCGAGCUUGAGCUUGAUGAGGAAGAGGAGCCCGGAGGGAUCCCUCCCGCGUCGGCAGUGAGCGAAGGAAGCAUGCUCCUGCCGCAGCCAACCGAGAGCCCCUUGCGUGGGUACACUGCAGGGCCAAACACGUCACGUCACCAUGCCCCCAGUGGGAGCCGGCUCAUUUCAGGGAGCGCCCUGGUGUCCCCUCGUCCGGUCUCUGACAGCGUCGAGCGCGAACCGUCUUCGGCUGGUGACCCACGUGCCGAGUCGGUGCGAUCGCGUGCCGACGGUGACGAAGACAUGGACCGUGGAUUCAUGUCUCCCAAUGUCGAGGCCACCACGGAUGGGUACCGUUCCGACAGCGAGGGAUCCGCCAUGGACGACAACGAGGACUCGGACGAUGUCAGCCCAGACGACGGCGAGGGCGUCACCGUCAAGGAUCGGCAGGACGCCAUCAACAUUGAGCACCCCUUCGGUCUGCCCAUCUGGAAGCCCGCGCUGUACCGCAAGUCACGCUCGGUGACGCGCAAUGCCGAAGCGGCGCUGCACUCGGCCCCUACGAGCGAUAGCGACAACUUACUGCUCGGUAAUGUCUUCUGGCUCGUCGUGUUCGGCUGGUGGCUCGCUCUUCUUUGCUUCUUCGCGUCUAUGCUGGUUAGCGGCGCCGAGGUCCUCGCGGGUGGGCGUGGCGGGUACGGUCGCCUCACCAGGGGCCUGGCUUGGUACCUCUGGUGGCCGUUUGGCAAGUAUGUCGAGGGCGAAGGCGCGCCUCACGAGGACUCGAGCAGCAGCGACGAGGAGCACCAUGACCACCACGACGAGGAGAAUCACACUAGCAGCUACGGAGCGACAUUGACAAGUGAUGCGUCCCGUCGUGCACCCUCAGCCUCGACGUCGUCGUCGACCACUGUGCGCCAGACUGCGGCAUCGGCUCUCGAUAUGCUCCCGGACGAACCGCACACGCCGCAGGCGUCGACCAUGCAUCAACAAGCGGACCGCAAGCCGGGCGUUUCUUUUGCGCCUGGCUGCAAGGCUGAUUCUCCCGGGCUCGAGAACGUCCCGCUCCUCCACAAGCCUCCUGCGACCGCGUGCUUCCGGAAGCAUGUGAACAAGCGCGCCAAGCUUGCCGGCUCGCUCGUCUACUGGCCCUUGUUCUGCCUCAUCAUCGCACCCUCCAUGCUCAUCAUCUGCAUCGUCUGCUGGUUCCUUGUCGUCACGAUCCCCAUGGCCAAGCUCAACUGGGAGCUCCUCGGGCUCUUGUGGAACCGCCCGCUCGAGAUCGGCUUCCGGCCUCCUCCUACCGUUCCUGUGUACGAACCUCCACCUGCAUCGGACGAGAGUGAGAACGGCAACGGCGACGUCUCCGACUCGCCAACUGGAUACACGAUGCGUCGUGUCCGCAUCAACGCCGGCCAGGUCGCUCCCACUCCCGGUCCAACCUCCACGGUCCUUCUGUGCGUCUACCGCGCGGUUGGUCUCCAAUAUUACAAGUACACUGUGGGCGGUGUGAACAUCAUGUUCAUCAACCUCAUGCCGAUCGUCCUCUUCGCCAUCAUUGACGGCUUGAUCAUCCUCCCCGCCGUGGAGCAUCGCCACGAGCAUGGCCAGACCGUACCCAAGUGGUUGCAAUUCAUCGCCGAUCCCGCGCUCGUCUUCCUCCUCGGCCUCGCCUCCGUCAUCCCGCUCUCGUACUUUAUUGGUAUGGCCGUCGCCUCGAUCUCGGCGCAGUCGUCCAUCGGCAUGGGUGCUGUGAUCAACGCGACCUUUGGCUCCAUCAUCGAGAUUGUGCUGUACAGCAUUGCACUGAAGCAGGGCAAGGGGAGGCUUGUAGAGGGUUCGAUCGUCGGUUCCAUUCUUGCGGGUGUUCUUCUCAUGCCUGGCAUGUCGAUGUGCUCCGGCGCGCUCAAACGCAAGGAGCAGAAGUUCAACGCCAAGUCGGCUGGUGUCACUUCGACCAUGCUUAUCAUGGCAAUCAUUGGUGUCCUAACGCCCACAAUGUUCUACCAGUCGUACGGCAACUUCGAGUUGCGCUGCGAGGGUUGCCCUCUGCCUGACGAGGGUGGCGUGCUCAACCCUGGCGACUCGUGGCGUUGCGACCGCUGCUGGUACCAGCACCCCGAUCCGGUAACGGACCCGUUCUACCAGAGCAACGUCAAGGUGCUCAUGUACAUCUGUGCAGGGAUCCUGCUUCUCUCAUACCUGAUUGGCCUGUGGUUCUCGCUUCGCACGCACGCGUCGCAGAUCUGGCAGAACCCUCAGCAACUCAUGCAGAAGGAGGCUGAGCAGCUCCAGCUUCCUCGCGCUCAUCUGGCCCGCAUCACUCCAUCCAACGUCAACAACCCCAUUCUGCCGGUACACAGCAAGCCGGAGUCCAUUCGCAAGGGUGUGUCGCCGAUGCGCCCAAUGACUGCGGCAUCGACGGUACAGCCGUCGCCUCACGCGACUCGCGGCCGCGACGGUGAGGUGUCACCGCGUUCUGGUACCUCUCCAUUGAAGUACGGUAUCCAGGCGUCGCCGCGCCAGUCUGUGCGUCCGGAGCUCACAGACGGGCAGCACGGCGGCCAGGUGGGAUCAGUUGUGACCCAGGAGAUUCCGCACACCGGCUACACGCCGUAUCUCCACGCGCUGGAGCAGAAUCGCCACAUGGACUCGAUGGGGCUUGGGCCUCAGCUCACGCAGGAGGACUUCCGGCGCGCGGUGCACACGCUCGCGGCGGUCACCGCGAUGCAGCGCAAGGGCGAGACUACUGCGCAUCCGCACACCGAGGAGGAGGCAGGUGGGCACGAGGCGCCAUCAUGGACGCGUGGAAUGUCCGCGGCUGUGCUGCUGGGCUGCACGUUGCUUUAUGCGGCGAUUGCCGAGGUGCUCGUUGACGUCGUCGACGUUGUGCUGGCCGGCUCAGGAGUGGACGAGAAGUUCCUCGGCCUCACUCUUUUCGCGCUUGUCCCGAACACGACCGAGUUUAUGAACGCCAUGUCGUUUGCGCUACAUGGCAACAUCGCGCUGUCGAUGGAGAUCGGCUCGGCGUACGCGCUCCAGGUCUGUCUCCUGCAGAUCCCGGCCAUGGUUGCGUUCUCAGCGUGGUACAGCCCCGAGGACUUUGGCGACGUGGUCGACACGUUUACUCUCAUCUUCCCGCGCUGGGACGUCAUCGCCAUCAUCCUCGGCAUCUUCCUGCUCACGUACACUUACAUCGAGGCGCGUGCAAACUACCAUCGCGGCUCGAUCCUUGUGCUCUCGUAUUGCGUGCUCAUGCUCGGCUUCUACUUCGCCCCUGUGCGGCCCGUCGAUGACGAGGGCGUUAUCGUCGGUGGCCCGUGGUUGAAGGCCGCUGGCAGCGUGGCCGACAGCAUGUCCGUGGCCAUCACCAAGCUGUGGGGUUAG